GCUAGCUCAGUCUGCCGUCUAACGUUGUGCGAGGAGCAAUUAAAUUUUCGACUACGGAUACGGGUCGCCUCCCAGUCUACCAGAUUCAUCGGCAUGCUGACCGGCAUUAUUUUAAUAGGCUGGCUGCUAUUGGGGUGGAUAUACUUUCUGUGGAGCCGGCGAAGGUAUUAUAAAGUCGCAUGGCAGUUGCGCGGACCCAUUGGCUGGCCCCUAAUAGGCAUGGGCUUACAGAUGAUGAACCCGGAGACCUUUUUGCAGUACAUGGAUGGUCUGUCGCGACAGUUUAAAGCGCCUUUCAUUUCAUGGAUGGGCACCAGUUGUUUCCUCUACAUAAACGAUCCAUCCAGCGUUGAACAGAUACUCAACUCGACGCACUGCACCAAUAAGGGCGAUUUCUACCGAUUCAUGAGUUCGGCCAUAGGUGACGGACUGUUCACGUCUAGUUCGCCUCGCUGGCACAAACAUCGUCGCCUCAUUAAUCCCGCCUUUGGACGCCAGAUUCUCAGCAACUUCUUGCCCAUUUUUAAUGACGAAGCCGAUGUACUUCUGCAGAAGCUGGAGCUUGAGGGAGUGCAGCAUGGUAAGAGGCUGGAAAUUUACCAAAUCCUCAAGAAAAUCGUUUUGGAGGCAGCUUGCCAGACAACGAUGGGCAAGAAAAUGAACUUCCAGCACGACGGAUCUAUAGCCAUAUUUAAAGCAUAUAAUGGCUUGACCGAAGUGUGUGUGAAACGAAUGCUAUCACCUUGGCUCUAUCCGGACCUAAUAUAUCGUCGUUCCCGACUUUUCCGCCUGCAGCAAAAGGUCGUGGGCAUACUUUUCGGGUUUAUAGAACAGCUUCUUGAACCCAUAGUCUCGGUGGUGGCCGCCAAUGGCAGUCUGGAGCAGCAGCGCUCGGAACUGGAGAUGAGAGGCAAGUCCAAAGCCAUUUUCAUCGAGCAGGUGCGGGAGCAUGUGGAGCGCGGUCAGUUGAGUUGGCAGGAUGUGAGGGAUGAGGCGAAUGUGACCAUAGCAGCGACUUUCGAGACCACAUCGACGGCAUUGUACUUUACCAUUCUCUGCCUGGCCAUGCAUCCCUGCUACCAGGAGAAGCUGCACGAAGAACUGGUCAAAGAGCUGCCGUCGUAUGGCGACAUAUCCUUGGAGCAGCUUCAACGACUGGAGUACACUGAAAUGGUCAUCAACGAGGCCAUGCGGCUAUUUGCACCAGUGCCCAUGGUACUGCGAUCAGCGGAUCAGGACAUUCAGCUCAAGCGCGAUGACGGAGAGUUCCUCAUUCCACGUGGCACCCAGAUUGGCAUCGAUAUCUACAACAUGCAGCGGGAUGAACGGGUGUGGGGACCACUUUCGCGUACCUACAAUCCUGAGGCGCAUUUCGGAUUGGAUUCGCCACAAAGGCACCCCUUUGCCUUCAUCCCCUUCACAAAGGGAUUGCGCAUGUGCAUCGGCUACCGAUACGCCCAAAUGCUGAUGAAACUGCUGCUGGCGAGGAUCUUUCGCAGCUAUCGAAUCAGCACGGAGGCCCGCUUGGAGGAGCUGUUGGUCAAGGGUAAUAUCUCCCUCAAGCUUAAGGAUUACCCGCUGUGCCGCGUGGAACGGAGAUAACAGAGAGGGUCAUGCCCCACAACUGGUCGGUGUAAUUUUCCAAUUAAAAGUGCCAUUUUUGUUGCAUUUUCCCAUCGUAGGAAAUUGAGUUUGUUUCAUCUUUUGCUGUUGACCUCGUUAACGAUGACCAUCUCCCCCCCUUGCACAAAUUGCCAGCUUGCAAAUGGCUAUAAUGGAUUUCAGUUUGCACUUGUACCAGCUCACCCACAACUUUGCAGCACACGUUGCGUAUACGGCACAUAAUUGAUUCAAUUCCUUCGAAGACUGCUUGUUGCAAGUGGGCUAUCUCUUGCAGUUGAGGGCUGUUCAAAGUUCCUGCCCCCAAUGAAAUUGAGGAGGUGAUUUCGAAGGUGGUGGAUCCGUUCUGCCGAUUCAUCACUUUUCAUUACUCAAUUGAAAAACUAUUACGUAUUGUUAUUGAGAAAUACACCCCCCAUGGAAAAAUGUAAGAGAUAAAAUAUUAUGACUUUUAAAAGACCUACAAUAGUGUUCGAAUUUUAAAAUUGUUUUAAAAAAUGUGGCAAAAAUGGUUUUUAAUGCAUAAUUAAGUAUUUCCUUAGAAACACAGAAAAAUUACACAAACAAAA